AUGGACAAAAAUUUCCAUCUUUCCUACAGUUCCUUACUCUUUGUUGAUUGUUUCUCCUCCACCCUAUCCUCUAACACAAAUAAUACCUUACUUGAUUCUUUUUUUCAUAACCUCUCUCUGAUGUCUACCAAGGAAUCAACUAUCCAACUUCUUUCUACAGAGGAUGAACUGAAAUCCUAUAAAAUUGAACCUAACCAAGAGGAAUAUGAGAAUUGGUCAGUGGACAAAGUUCACAGGACUAAGAAUACUCUUCUGAAAUUUGUUUGCAAGUAUUCCUUAUCCUAAUAUCUGCUUAUAAUAGUGGCACUAAUAUUUUAAUGGUACAGAUGAUGAGAUUAAGACAGUGGUAAAGCCAAGAAUAGGAAGUAUUUGUGAUGGAAAAAAUGUAGGGUUUUGUUUAAUUCACAGAAGAAAUGGGGA